UGUCUGUGUUCUGUUCGCUUCUGCUCCACCGCGUGCAUGCGUGGCGCUGCCCCAGCCUGCUAGCUAGCCUGCAACGGAAGGGGCCGGAUAAGAUGGCAGAUGGUGGGGCGGCGUCGCGCGGCCCUCCCGACGGCUCGCCGCCGGCCGCGCUGCUGCUGCUGCAGCAGCCCCUCCUCCACGCCUACGAGGCCCGCAAGGACCCGGCGGCGUGCGGCCGGGAGGCGCACGGGCACGGCUUCGGCCCGGACCCCGACGGCGCCGGCGCCGGCGGAGGCGCGAGCUUCGUGCGGACCUGCUUCAAUGGCCUCAACGGCCUCUCCGGCGUCGGGCUGCUGUCCAUCCCGUACGCGCUGUCGGAGGGCGGGUGGCUGAGCCUGGCGCUGCUGCUCCUCGUCGCGGCCGUCUGCUGCUACACGGGCCUGCUCCUGCAGCGGUGCAUGGACGCGUCCCCAGCCGUGCGCGGGUACCCGGACAUCGGCGCCCUGGCGUUCGGGCGCGGCGGCCGCCUCGCCGCGUCCGCGUUCCUCUACGCCGAGCUCUACCUCGUCGCCAUCGGCUUCCUCAUCCUGGAGGGGGACAACCUGGACAAGCUGUUCCCGGGCACCAGCCUCAGCCUCGGCCUCCGCGGCGCCGCCCUCGUGGUCUCCGGGAAGCAGCUCUUCGUCGUCCUCGUCGCCCUCGUCAUCCUGCCCACCACGUGGCUCCGGAGCCUCGGCGUGCUCGCCUACGUGUCCGCCAGCGGCGUGCUCGCGUCGGCCGUCGUCGUCGUCUGCGUGCUGUGGACCGCGCUGGCCGACGGCGUCGGCUUCCGGGCCAGGGGGAGGAUGCUCAACGUCAGCGGCCUCCCCACUGCUCUCGGCCUCUACACCUUCUGCUACUGCGGCCAUGCCAUCUUCCCAACGCUCUGCAUCUCCAUGAAAGAAAAGAAAAGGUUCUCCAGGGUGCUUGUGAUAUGCUUCGCCGCAUGCACUCUCAACUACGCAUCCAUGGCGAUCCUCGGCUACCUCAUGUACGGCGACGACGUCAAGUCCCAGGUGACGCUGAACCUGCCCGAGGGCAAGGUCGUCUCGAAGCUAGCGAUCUACACCACGCUGAUCAACCCCUUCUCCAAGUACGCCCUGAUGGUGACGCCGCUCUCAACGGCAGUGGAGGAGAAGCUGCUCGCCGCCGGCCGCGGCGGCAAGAGUAGUAGGUCCGUCAGCGUGCUGGUCAGGACUCUGCUGGUCGUCACCACGGUCGUCGUCGCGCUCGCGGUGCCCUUCUUCGGCCACCUGAUGGCGCUCGUCGGCUCGCUGCUCAGCGUCAUGGCCUCGAUGCUGCUCCCCUGCAUCUUCUACCUCAAGAUCUUUGGCGCGGCGCGCUGCGGCAGGGCGGAAGUCGCGCUUGUCGCCACCAUUAUUGUUCUGGGUUCCGUGGUUCUUGCGACUGGGACGUACGCCUCUGUGAAGAAGAUUGUUCAGGAUUACUGAAGACGAGAUGUCUGGAAAUGUCGGUGGCAGUGUCACAGUCAUUGUUGGCGUUCUUUUGCCGCGAUCGACAGUCCCAUAUCUCAACAUCAGCAGAUUAGGUGAACCAAUUAGAAGGUGUUCUUUAAAAAAUCAGUUAGAAGAUGUUUGUAGACAAAGUAAGGAGAGACGGAAGGAACAGUGAUGUACUGAAAACAUAAUAGGGUGAUACGCUUCUAUAUUGGCGUGAGCUACUAUUUUAUCU